AUGGCUGCGGCCGAAUCGCAUGUCUUUGGUACGCGGCGCUGUGUGGCGGUGAAAGUCACAUCGUGUGUUCUUAUUGAUAUUCUGAGAGAACAAUUCAUGAUGAAUAUUGCAGAAUUCGCCAAAUUUUUAGAAACAUAUAGUGGAAGAGACAAAGUUAUUAGAUUAUUAUGUUAUAGUGCAAAGUUGGGAGCUGGUGUGUCAUCUUCACCUGUUAGAGCUCAGAAAUUGGAUAAAUUCAGUAGUCAGUUGAGUGCUUGUAGGGCCCUAUUAAGAUUGUUCGAUGACAUUCCUAUGUUAAAUUGUACCCUAACUUACGGUUUAGGAAGAAAGGAAAAAGAUAAUGUCUUGAGGUUCUUGGAUCUUACUUCAAAUGUAAUUGACCAGGCCUAUUUUCCCAUAGAACAUGUUGCCUGGGCUAUUGAGAAUGAUUUUAUGUCUGUGAAGAGUAAUCCUUGGUCUACCAGUAGCACUGUAUUUUGGGUUAUAUCUAUAUAUUUGUCUUUAAUGAGAAAUAUUAGAUGCUUAAUGGUUCUGCAAUAUCAUAAGAAAUGUCUGAAAGGAGUGGAUUGCAAUGGGAGCACAGCCAUGCCACAACUUCUGAUUCAGCAGCAGAAUUACUUGUUAUCUACUUUCAAGUGUAGCUUGGACUUGGUGCAUGCUGUCAACUGUCUUCCAGAAGGCUAUUUAUGGGGAGGAAAACUGUUGAAAUGGCAAGUUGGGGCUGUGGGUACUGUAUCUUCAGUAAUAGGACUUUAUAUGGCUUUAAAAAAGAAGUCCAGUUGAUGAUUGUUUCAAAUAGUUAAUUCAAUUCUAAAAACUGACAUUUUAAUUAUCUUAAGUGCUUUUUAAUAUCUUUUGCCUAAUGUUUCAAUGCCUUAAUUUCUUUUGAAUUUUUGACAUUAUUGUUUCACCUUUUCUGAAUUUAUCUGUUGCUCAUUUGUGUUUUGUGCUUGUUUCUUCUUUUUGAAUUUCUGAUGUAAGGUAAAUAAAAUUAGAGCAUGCAAAUCUGAAUUCUGAUAAAAAUUAAUCUAAUCAUUUUUGUGCCACCAUCAUAUUUGGAGCCAAAUAUUGACCAUGGGUUGUGAAUUUGGGUGCUAACCAGACUAGCAAUGUGAAGAGCAUGAUAGAAAUAAUUUUUAAGUCUCUGCAGGCUUUGUUUAUUGAAUUAGAGAAUCCACUUUUAAUCAUUUUCAAGGGAACAUUAUUGAAUUAUUAAACUGGAACAAUAAGUUCAUAAUUCAUAUAAAAUGGUUUUGGAGAAAGUAUUCUUAUUGUUUUUAACCCUUUUGUAUAGCUUUAAGAAUAUAAUUUGCAUUCUACUGAAAAAUACUACUUCUCUUCAGUAUUUGUUAUGAAAUCAGGGGUAAGAAUGACUUUUAUCGUAGCCCUAUAUCAAGAAAGGUAUUAGAAGAUUAAAAGUCAUUGUUUUGUGAAGAGCCGGUAUUUAGUAGAGAGCUAAUUAUUACAUAAUUAAGAAAUAUUACAUAACAGAGAAAAUAUGAUUUUCUUUCCCUGUAAAUAAUACACUGUUCAAAUUGCUAUAAUAAAACUGUGUUUCAAGGUUUCAUCAACAAGUUAUAUUUGUGCUGUGAAAUAUUGUAUUGUUUAUUAGUUUGUUUUAUAAUUUUUUGCAAUAUUCUUGAAUUUAUUAAAUUAGUGGUUUUAAGUGUGAGUAAAUUUUAUACAUGGCAAUGCAAUUCAUGGAGACUGCAGGAAAGUAAAAUGAAAAAUAGAAAGUAAUUUUUGUUUCAUUGCAGUUCUACCUCUUUGACAUUUCGAAGAAUAGCCAUGAAGUAAUUUUGAAAGUAAUUUUCUAAUUUGCAAUUGUUUUGUUAAAUACAACUCGUUAUAUCACAAUGUAUGUUCAGGAUAAUGGUAUACAUUUUUAAGGCUAGAAUUAAAAUAUUGUUAUAUAGACUCGUUUAUAAUGGUAUAUUAAGCUCUAGACAUUUUUGUGUGAAAUGAAAUUUGUAAUGUUCUAUAAAACCAAACCUUUUUAACUCUAUCAUAGUCACAAGCAGGCUAUAUCUUUGGCGGCAGCAAUGGUGUCACAGUUAGCGUAUUGGACCGUUAUACCCAAGUUCGCUGGCUCAAAUCCAAUCGUUUCGGAAAAAUUUUUAAUGGUGAGAAAAUCCUUCUUAUGCCUUCCUUUGGAGGGGAAGUAAAGCCAACUCUUCUAUAUUAGUUGAUUUACUGCAUGUAAAAGAUGAAGCCUCUGAGCUAAAUUCAAAUCGCCUGUUUCAUCACCCAAGAAAUACAACCUCUAGUGGGU